AUGAGUGGAGGGCUGUCUGAAGAAACUCUUGAUUUGAUACUCUACGGCGCACCGCAUUCCGAACAUACCUCCCCUGUGGCCAAUGAGAACGGAAGGCGGGAAUCAGCCAAAAAGCAUGUUACAGUAAAUGGAUGCUCCAAGCCCUACAUUGCUCCUUCACACGAAAAACAUCAAAAUUUCGCACCGGAACUCGACGAUGAUGAAGAAGAAGGUGCCCUGACAGACUCUCGCAGCGACGAGAGGGACGAGUACGGGGAGUCUUCGAGAAGCACAUCAUCCUCACCGCAAUCUGAACAACGCACUGUGAUGAUUCGUGGUCUCCCGGACAAGGUAACCCACCGAGAUAUCGUGGAUGCUGUGAAAGGCGGCGCCAUUUUGCAUAUCUACCUCUGGAACCGAGAUCACACAGCAAGCAUUUCAUUCGUUGAGGAAGCCGCGGCUCAAGACUUUUUGGACCAUUCGAGGGCAUACGGUUUGCAUGUGGCUGAAAAACGUGUCGAGGUUUUAUGGAAUGAUCGCCAGUUUUAUCUUCCACCCUUUGUUCGAUCCAAGAUUGGCAAUGGAGCAUCUCGAAAUCUGGUCAUCUACAAUGCCAACCCGAAUAUCACCGAAGGCCUCAUUCGGCAGGACAUGGAACAUAUCCAUAACCUGAUUGUGAUUUCGGUGAAAUUCAAGAAUGGCAACGCAUAUAUCUCAACGAAUUCCGUUCACAACGCCCUCUUUGCCCGCUCCUGCAUGAUGUCUCGUCUCACUUACAAAGGAAUGAAGAUCGCCUUCUACCCCGAUGAAUGCGCCGAGCCACUCUCAAGGAUUCCCACUGGCCCGAAGAAGGUAGCGGCUCCAAAGAAGUCCACCCCGUUGCCAAAUAGGUUCCAUCUUCUCUCCAUGGAUGGAUCUGAGGAUGAGGAAACUGAAGAGCACGGGGCCCUAGGCACUAAUCUCAAUGGUGCUGUCUGUUGGGCAGACAACAGCGUAUCGGCUUAA